CUCAUUUCAGUAGUCACUGGGUUAUCUGUACAGCUGUGAUCGAGUACCCUGGUGCUUCGAUCCUGUCGCCACGUGUGUACGAACCGCCGCUGCCCGGAAGAAAACAAUCCCAUCUUACAAUACCUCGGUUAACGCCUUCGCAGCGCAACUCUCCGCGAUAGAGCCCGACCCUAACCUCGUCCCAAAAAGUCCGGCAGUCAUACCAAAAAUAGCGCUAAUGAGCCGACCAUCAGCAAAGCUUUGCGCAGAAUGCUUCCCAGGCGCGCUCUGGGCUCCACGGGGUGUGCGCCCUGCAAGGCUGCGGGGUGCGGCUCGUGAGAUAUCGUAUGCCACCGAGCGCAUGAUACUUGAUACCCCGAGGUCGAGUCGCGCUUCGCCAGGUUGUGCAUCCUCCGCUCGGAUCCCGCGGCCCCAGUUGGCUAGUCGUUCGCAGAAGACGCGCGGUUUGGCUACGGUCACGGAUGGAGCUGCGGGCGGCGAAAAGAAGUCUUCGGCGGCGCCAAAGGAUGGGCCAUUGGGGGAAUAUAAUAUACGGGUAGAGGAGGGUCGGUUGCGGGAUGAUGAGUACCAGAGAGGCAUCAUGCAAGGUCUCCAAGGCUUGUUCGAAGCACUGAAGGACUAUCACCCACCCAAGGUUGUCCACCCUGAUCCCCAGUCCUUGGACCUUCAACAAAAGCCUUCGUUCUUUGGAUCGCUUUUUGGCGGUUCCAAAAAGGCCGCGAAAUCUACUAUCCCUGAGAACCUUCCGAAGGGACUGUACAUGUAUGGCGAUGUUGGGUGCGGCAAGACUAUGUUGAUGGAUCUAUUCUUCGAUACGCUGCCGCCCAAUAUCAAAGACAAGACCCGUAUCCAUUUCCACAACUUCAUGCAGGAUGUACAUAAGCGCAUGCAUGUGGUGAAGAUGCAGUAUGGAAAUGACUUCGAUGCUCUGCCCAUGGUUGCGGCCGAUAUUGCCCAGACCGCGAGCGUGCUUUGCUUCGACGAGUUCCAGUGUACAGAUGUUGCUGAUGCCAUGAUCCUGAGAAGGCUGCUAGAGAUUCUCAUGUCCCAUGGCAUAGUCCUUGUCACCACCUCCAACCGACACCCUGACGAUUUGUACAAAAACGGCAUCCAGCGAGAGUCCUUUAUUCCCUGUAUAAACCUUCUCAAGACCCACUUGAAUGUUAUCAAUCUCAAUUCUCCAACGGACUACCGGAAGAUCCCCCGGCCCCCAGCCGCCGUUUACCAUUACCCCCUAGGAGAGGACGCGGAGCGUCACGCCCAGAAAUGGUUCGAAUUCUUAGGCGAUCCCAUCAACGACCCCCCUCACGCAGACUCUCAAAUUGUAUGGGGACGCGAAAUCAAGGUGCCCCAGGCCAGUGGCAAGGCUGCCUUGUUCACGUUCCAGCAACUCAUCGGCACAGCCACUGGUGCAGCUGACUAUCUCGAGCUGGUCCGUCAUUACGAUGCGUUCAUUGUCACGGAUGUGCCAUCAAUGGACCACAAACAACGCGACCUGGCACGACGCUUCAUCACCUUUAUCGAUGCGGUUUAUGAAAGCAGGGCCAAGCUAGUCCUCACCUCGGAAACAGCCCUUACAAAUCUCUUCAUGUCAGAUUCCGAGGUCAAGAACACCCUCAAGGGUGACGGCAACCACUCCGAUCUCUCAGACGCGAUGCGUAGCCUGAUGGACGAUUUGGGCAUGUCAGUGGAGACGCUUAAGAAGACAUCCAUCUUUAGUGGAGAUGAGGAGCGAUUCGCGUUUGCACGUGCGCUCUCUCGUCUUUCAGAGAUGGGUAGUAAGGAAUGGGUGGAACGUGGAAUGGGACUUGGUAUGAGCCCAGAACAGAGCAAAGAGGAGCGCGAGGCAUGGCUGAAGACUCGCAGCCAUUGGAGUGAAGAUAACAUGUAA